UUACUCUCUCUCUCUCUCUCUCUCUCAAUCUUACCAUCCAGUUCUCAACCCCAUCCAAAUUUCCAUGGCAAACAAAAACCUUCUUCUCUUUCUCACAACCAUACUUCUUUUCUCACUACAUUUGGCGAUAACAACAGCAGCAUCAACGGCGACGACCGGCACAGAUGAGGGCUUGAUUACAGGCGACGACGAUAAGCAGCAGGAAGGGUCGGAGUCAUGGACUUCGUGGGCCAAAGACAAGAUAUCCGGUGGCCUUGGCAUCAAGCAUCAACCCACUGAAGACAAGGAGGAGAAGGCAGAGGAAGCAGCCAGCAAGGCGAAGAAAGCAGGGCAUGCUGCCAAGGACAGCGCUGGCGGCAUCGCUUCUGAUGUGGGAGCAUACACCAAGGAGAAGGCUGGAAUUGCUAAAGACUCCCUAAAGGGUGCUAAGGAUUCUGUCUCAGGAAAGGUGAAGGAUACAGCAUCGGAAACAGCAACCCAAACCAGAGAUAAGACAAACGAGGCUGCAGAGUCUACAAAGCAAACAACUAACGAGGCUGCAGGGAAAGCAGCAGAGAAGACAUCGAGUUUCAAGGAUGCCACUAUCGAUAAGGCAAAAGAAACUGUGGAGGCAGGGAAAGAUAAGGCAGGGAAAGCGCAGGAGGCGACUUAUGAGACGGCCGGAAAUGCGGCGAGCAAGGUGAAGGAAGGAUAUGAAGCUGCAAAGGAUAAGGCUGCGGAGACGUUGGAUGCGGCUAAGGAUACAGUGUCGUCCAAUUAUGAGGCUGCGAAGGAGAAGGUUGUAGGAGGGUCUCAGAGACACGAGGAGGAGCUAACUCCUCUCCCAUCCGCCAUCCUUCCUAUAAAUUCCUCGUCCCCAUUUCUCCAAACCCAUCACUCUCUCUCUCUCUCUCUCUCUCUCUCUCUCUCUCUCUCUGAAUCUUACCAUCCAGUUCGCAACCCCAUCCAAAUUUCCAUGGCAAACAAAAACCUUCUUCUCUUUCUCACAACCAUACUUCUUUUCUCACUGCCUUUGGCGAUAACAACAGCAGCGUCAACGGCGAAGACCGGCACAGAUGAGGCCUUAAUUACAGGCGACGACGAUAAGCAGCAGGAAGGCUCGGAGUCAUGGACUUCGUGGGCCAAAGACAAGAUAUCCGGUGGCCUUGGCAUCAAGCAUCAACCCACUGAAGACAAGGAGGAGAAGGCAGAGGAAGCAGCCAGCAAGGCGAAGAAAGCAGGGCAUGCUGCCAAGGACAGCGCUGGCGGCAUCGCUUCUGAUGUGGGAGCAUACACCAAGGAGAAGGCUAGAAUUGCUAAAGACUCCCUAAAGGGUGCUAAGGAUUCUGUCUCAGGAAAGGUGAAGGAUACAGCAUCGGAAACAGCAACCCAAACCAAAAAUAAGACAAACGAGACUACAGAGUCUACAAAGAAAACUACUAUCGAGGCUGCAGGGAAAGCAGCAGAGAAGACAUCGUGUUUCGAGAAGGCAAAAGAAACUGUGGAGGCAGGGGAAGCGCAGGAGGCGACUUAUGAGACGGCCGGGAAUGCGGCGAGCAAGGUGAAGGAAGGAUAUGAAGCUGCAAAGGAGAGGGUUGGAUGCGGCUAAGGAUACACUGUCGUCCAAUUAUGAGGCUGCGAAGUAGAAAAGGUUAUAGGAGGGUCUUAGAGACACGAGGAGGAGCUGUGAUUUCUCUGAGUGGUUGGUGGUUUUGGUUAGGUUUGUUUAGCUGUUUUUUGUGGUUUGAUUUGGCUUGUUUUAGAGUUUUGCUUAUAAAUGAAGAAGAGAUAGAUGUAAUUUAUGCAUUUUUGGUCGAAUAUAGAGAAACUAUUAGUUCUGAA